AUGUCUUGUGUUCAUAGCUCGUGAUUAGUCGCCUUGGACAAGACGAACUGUUGAAUCUGCUCAUGAUAGACGCUAGUGAUAGUAAUCGUGUAUGAGGGGUUCAAAGUUGAACUCGUUUCUCUCUAGAGAAAUAAAUAGAAUCCAGAUUUGAGUUUUGGUGGUGCGUGCACUUUAGUGUCCAGUCUGACUUAAUCUUCCACGAGAUUAGACUGGACUGGGAUUUCGUCCCUUUUUUCCUCGAGGGUUGGGAACGGUUGUUCGGUGCAAUCCUUCAACAGCGUUCCAAGGAGACGAAGAAGAAGAGCCAAUAACGCCUUAGAGAAGUGAACAUGAUUCUCAUGACCCUUCAAUUGGUGGGAGUGGCAGUGGCCGUGAUCUUCGUUAUUUCCGUGAUCAAGGCUUCAGUUCGACCCGCCAAUUUUCCGCCGGGACCACCAAGUUUGCCGCUGGUUGGCUAUGUUCCUUUCCUGGACGUGAGGAACAUCGGACGAAGCUUCGACAAGUUGUCCAAGCGCUAUGGGGACGUGUUCAGUGUGUUCUUGGGCAAAUCCCCUUGCGUGGUCCUCAACUCUUAUCCCGUGAUCAAAGAGGCUCUCUCCAUGAAGGAGUUCUCGGGUCGGCCCUCCAUGUUCUCGGGGACCUUCUUCCAAAAAGGAAAGAUCGGUAUCACCACUACAGAAGGGAAAGAUUGGGAGUUGCAAAGGAACUUCUUCCACAACCACAUGGUGGAGCUCGUUCAAGGCAAAGGCAAUCUGGGCUUUCAAGAUCUGAUCCUGGAUGAGGUACAUGACCUGAAGAUGGAUCUGGCCAAAAAGGUUGGCGAGCCCUUACCCGUGAGCUAUCGGUUCAAUGUGUCCAUCAUCAAUAUUCUCUGGACCAUUGCCUCUGGUCGCCGUUUGCAUUCUCAACAACAAGAGUUUCAAUCGGUGUACGAGUGCAUUGAUAAGAUAACUCAAUUCAUGUCCAGAGCUGCAAUCAUGUCCUUCAUCCCUGGCCUCUCGAGGAUCGUCCCGGAAAGCAUUAGCAAAAUGGAGAAAGGCCGCUACCACCGAGAUCGAUUCUUGAACAUUUCACAAAAAUGGAUUCGAGAGCAUAAGGAGGCUUAUAGAGGUAAUCGGGGAGCUGACCUCCAAGAUGCUUACUUGGCCAAGGUAGGAGAGGGAGCUGAGUCUUUCACAGAGGAUGGCUUGGGCGCUGUUUUGAGGGAAAUGUUCGUGGUUGGAUCCGAAACCCAAUCCACCAUGCUUCGUUGGGCUAUUCGGAUCUUAUCCGUUCACAAGGACGUUCAAAGACAAGUUCAAGACGAGAUGGACGAAUUGGGAGAGCGAAACAGGGAUAUCGUUUGGGAGGACCGUCACAAUAUGCACUUUACUCGCGCUACCGUCGCCGAAAUUCAACGAUUCGCUGAUAUCACCCCCAAUGGACUUGUUCACAAAACGGUGGCGGAUGUGGAUUUCCACGGGUUUUACCUACCAAAGGGCACAAAUGUGAUCGCCAACAUGACCUCCUGCCAUCGAAGUCCGGAUUAUUGGAAGAAGCCCAACGAGUUUUAUCCCGCUCAUUUCCUGGACGAAAACGGCAAAUUUGUAGAUGCCAAAGAGGGCUUUGUUCCGUAUGGAAUCGGAACAAGGCGUUGUCCUGGAGAGGAUGUGGCUAAUAUGGCCAUCUUUUUGAUCCUGGCCAAUUUCUUGAAUACAUUUUCUUUGAGAUUGCCCACGGGAGACAAACGGGAAAUCAAGACACAAUAUGAAGCUGGAACCGGAUUUAUCCGCAAUCCUCAAGCUUACAAAGUGAUCUUGCAACACCGAGAGUGAAGAACUGGUUUGGGAACAAAACUUAAAACGUAUCUUACGAUGUUAGAAAUUAAGGGACGAAUAAUUUCCGACGAUAACUUACCGAUUGCAACAAAAGUGUAUUUUCCAUAAAUCUGAGCGAAUGUAUGAGACGACGACUUGUACGGUACUACUACCUAAUAACCUUUUACUACAUGAACACGUGUGUACAAAUAAAAGACAAAUAAUUGUGUAAAA